AUGAACACUAAUUUUAGCGGACCAAAGCUUUUUACAUUUGUUCUUUCUCGAGAACAUGGUUUAGCUGCUGGAGUAGCUAUAUCAUCAUGGUUCGCCUUGCAAUACAUGGGCAUGGGUGUAAUGAAAGCACGAAAACAAUAUAAUGUCGAAUAUCCAAAACUCUAUGCCAGCGAGUCAGAUCCGAAUGGAAAGAAGUUCAAUUGCGUGCAACGUGGCCAUCAAAAUACCUUAGAAGUCUAUCCUGAGUUUCUUCUCAUGUUAGGUCUAGGUUCAAUUCGAUAUCCACUUAUAUCCUCAAUCGGUGGAGCCAUUUGGUUACUUGGACGAAUAGUCUAUUUUCAAGGUUAUUCAACUGGUCAACCUGAAAAACGUCGUUAUGGUUCAUUUGGUUAUUUAGGAUUAUUUACAAUGAUGGGCUGCGCUAUUAAAACAAUUUAUGAUUUACAACACUCAAUCGAUUUCAUCACUAUCCUUGCAUCCUUCACUCUUGCUCACAAAUAUCAACACUCACAAACACACAUCCUCGACUAUCAUCUCAUUGCUCACACCUUCAACAUCCACGACAUCCAACUCAUUCAUGAUGGUGAAGUUGCACUUCUCGAAGCUCUCUCCUAUGACAUCAGCGUGCCAACACCUGAUGACUUCUUUUCCUACUUCUCCAAUCUGGCUAACAACACUGAUCCGAAAAUCAAAACAAUCAUUGACGAAGCUCGCCUUGCACUCUCGUCGCCCUCUCUUCCACAUCAAACAUUCGGUGUUCUUCAUAACUAUUCACCGAGUGUGGUAGUGCUUUCUGUCAUGUACAAUUAUUUGACAUCGAAUAGUUGGAUGAGUGAACAAGUGAAGAAGAUUAUUAUUGGAAAGAAAGAUGGUGAUCAGUAUGUUAAACAACUAAUUCAUUGUAUAGCUCAACUUCAAAGUGUAAUGACUUCAUGA